CUAAAUAGCGCACGACACAAGGAAGAAAUCUAAAAACCGCCGGAACCGGGUCGUCGGCGGGUCGGGGCGUUUUUACAGAACCCGAACUGAAAGGUAAAAAAGAAGAACCAAGAUUCCCGAGGAAGAAGAAAGAAAGAAAGAAAGAAAGGAGAAAGAGCGUGACUGACUGACUGGUUUUGUCCCUUCUCUCUCUUCCCAACUCCGCCGAAUAAAAAGGCACAGCCACCUCUAUUUUCUCUCUCUUCUUCUUCUCCUUCUUCUUUUUUCAGUUUCCAUUUUUCAGUUUUGUGAUUCUAUCCACUCACACCAAAACAACCCCGCGCCCAUUUCUCUCUCUUCUUUGUCUUCUUCUUUCUUCUUUCUUCUUCCUCCUCAAUUUUUCAUCUCUACUCUUUUUUAUUUCAAAACCACCCAACUGACACCCUCUCUCUCUCUCUCUCUCUGUCUUUGUCUUGGAAUAAACAAAUCAGCUCCCUCUGUAAUUAUUCUCUCUCUGCUACUCGCCCACCGGCGGCAGCGAGCCAUAGGCAUAUAGGUUUGCUCCGAUAUCGGCAUGUGCGCCGUCUCCGAGCUCCGAUUUGCUCAAUUCUGACCGGUUUUUGUGUGUAUGCUUCUGUGGGAGCUGAAUUUUGUGGUGGAGAGUGAGUGAGAGAGCUGCAAUGCUGCCGGAGAUGAGAUCCAUUGUUGUAUUGUAGCGUUUGAUUUGUUCUUUUCGAUUUUUCGGUUCGGUUUUCGCUGAGCUGAAUUUCGGUCAUGGAGAUCAAUUGUGGACUAGGCAAGGACGCAUGUAGUAGUGUAGAUGAAAUCAGCCAGUGAGAAUUCGGAGCUUGACUUCUCUCUGGCUAUUUCUGUAUGUUUUUUCUUUUUUCCGGCGAUAUUUUCUGGUUUCUUAGUGCUGCACGAUGCCAUUUGAAGUAAUGGAUCAAAGGGGUGUAUCUGUCUCUUCCCACCACUAUGAAGAAAUUCCUUUUCCUUCUGAGAGACAAGUUGGACACCAGAAGCUGAAAACCAUGCCUGAUCACCAAGUGGGAAUGGAUAGAACGGUGCCCACAGCUGGAAGCAUGUUUGAUCCUUCGUUACCCUCAAAAAGGUUUUUACCAAUUGGUGCACAAUCAGUGGAUUACUUUGAUAUACCACAAUCCACUCUGGCUGGGGAGCGCACAGAAAGGCUAAGCGUUAGUGGAGGAGUUGCCAAUGCCUCUAAGGCCUCAUGGAAACCUAUGAACCAUCAUCCAAAGUUGUGGCCAGACGUGCCCACAAGGCCAACAUCCCAUAGCCUGGUUGGAAGCAAAACUGUUAUUAAUGGUGCUCAGCAUGAAAGCAGUCUGUUCUCGAGUUCAUUGUCUGACAUAUUUACUAGAAAGUUGAGACUUCUAAAGAGUGAUUUUGUAUCCCAUCAAUCUACAAAUACUGUUGCUUCCCAACAUGAGGAAGAGCCCUUUGAAUCACUUGAAGAAAUGGAAGCAAAAACCAUUGGAAAUCUCCUUCCUGAUGAAAAUGAUUUGUUUUCUGGCCUGAUAGAUGGUCGGGGUAAUAAUGUACAUGCUAAUCAUGGGGAUGAAUUUGAAGAUUUUGAUCUUUUUAGCAGCGGCGGUGGCAUGGAAUUAGAAGGAGAUGAUCAAGGGGGUUGUAAUGGUCCACUUGUGGGUGAACACCCCUAUGGCGAGCACCCUUCUAGAACACUUUUUGUUCGAAAUAUUAAUAGCAAUGUUGAAGAUUUGGAAUUGAAGGAUCUUUUUGAGCAAUAUGGAGAUAUCCGAACGCUUUACACAGCCUGCAAGCAUCGUGGGUUUGUUAUGAUUUCUUAUUAUGAUAUAAGGGCUGCCCAGAAAGCAAUAAGAGCACUGCAGAGUAAGCCACUGAGGCGUAGGAAGCUUGACAUACAUUAUUCAAUUCCCAAGGACAACCUUUCUGAUAAAGAUGUUAACCAAGGAACUCUUGAGGUAUACAAUGUUGAUUCUUCCAUUUCCAAUGAUGAGCUUACUAAAAUUUUCGGAUCUUAUGGGGAAAUCAAAGAGAUCCGUGAGGCUCCAAACAAGCAUCAUAACAAAUUGAUAGAAUUUUAUGAUGUUAGAGCGGCAGAAGCUGCUCUUCAUGCAUUGACUACAAGUGAGAUUGGUGGGAAGCAGAUCAAGCUUGAAGCCAGCCAUCCAGGGGGCGCCAGAAGGGGUUUCGGUCAAGGUUCCGAGCAGGAGCAAGAUGAAUUUAAUAUUUGCCAUAGUCCAUCCGACAACUUAUCAGCAGGAUACAAUGCAACCCUUCAUCCUGGAAUGGCUAAUGAAUCUAACCUGGGAUUACAUUCUUCAAUUCGAUCACCUUCCAAUGCAUUUAUGGGAAAUGCUUUAGCUCAUCUGAGUUCAAGUGUUCCCCGUACCUUGCCCUCUCCGAUGAGAGUGGUAUCUACAGACAAUAACUUCUGCCUUCCUGAUUCCAACCACUCUGUGAAUGAAAUUAAGUUUGGUAACCAGUGCGUACCCAAUUUCCAUCCGCAUUCCCUCCCUGAGUAUCAUGACAGUUUAGCGCAUGGUAUUACAUCCAACAAUUGCGGAGUGACUGGCAAUGUGAGCCUUAGAUUGGCAGAUGGAACAGACAGGAGGCACACUCGUGAAAUGAAUGCAAAUGGUCACCUGAUGGAACUGAACGGAGGAGCUUUUGCAUCUUCUGGAAAUGGGAAUGCUGGGGUUCGCGGACAUCAUUAUGUUUUGAAUAACUCCAACUCUUAUCAGCAGCAUCCUUCAAGUCCCAUGAUGUGGCAGAAUUCGCCAUCAUUUAUCAAUGGUCCUCAUGCUCAUCGCUUUUCACAGAUGCCUGGCUUCCCUAGGACACCUCCCCAUAUGCUGAGCGGAACAUCACCUGUCCGCCACCAUGUUGGAUCAGCACCAGCAGUUAACCCUUCCCUUUGGGAAAGACAUGCAUUUUCAGGACAGUCUCCUGACACCUCUAGUCUUCACCUGGGUUCUCCUAGCUUUGCCUGUUUUCCCAGUAGUCCCCAGUUGCAUCCUAUGGAAGUUCCCUCACGCAACAUCUUUUCUCUUGUUGGUGGAAAUGGCUCAGACAUGAAUACAAGUUCCCGGCAACGCUCUUCGCAGGAGAUCCACAUGUUUCCUGGGAGGAAUUCAAUGAUGUCGAUGCCUACCUCUUUUGGUUCACCAAAUGAACGUGUCAGAAACCUCUCUCACCGUAGAAAUGAAGCAAACUCUCAUAAUGCUGAUAGGAAACAGUAUGAACUUGAUAUUGAGCGCAUAUUACGUGGGGAUGACAACCGAACCACACUGAUGAUAAAGAACAUUCCCAACAAGUAUACUUCAAAGAUGCUGCUUGCAGUAAUUGAUGAGAGCUGUCGAGGAAUAUAUGACUUUAUUUAUUUGCCAAUUGACUUCAAGAACAAAUGCAAUGUGGGAUAUGCGUUCAUCAACAUGGUUGAUCCUCAACAGAUUGUUCCAUUCUAUAAGGCAUUCAAUGGCAAAAAGUGGGAGAAGUUCAACAGUGAAAAGGUUGCAACACUUGCAUAUGCUCGUAUUCAGGGAAAAGCUGCUCUUAUUGCCCAUUUCCAGAAUUCAAGCUUAAUGAAUGAGGACAAACGCUGUCGCCCUAUACUCUUCCACACAGAUGGACCAAAUGCUGGAGACCCGGAACCCUUUCCAAUGGGCACCCACAUUCGAUCAAGACCAGGAAGAUCUCGAACCAGUGGCUAUGAGGAAAGCCAUACCCAAUGGAGCCCCUCUUCUUCUGCAAAUGGAGAGGAAAGUUCCUAGGGAAUGACUUUUUCAACCUAGGGAACUAACCAUUGAACCUUAUGUCGGAGUACAACAACUAGAACCAUUCCAAUUCUCUAUAUCAGGGGUGGUCUAUUGACUUCAUUUUUGUCUAAAGAGGAGUUGCUUCUUCUACUAGGUUUUGGAUUACUAAACCAAGAGGGGCUACUUCCUCACUUCUCAGAAUUUUCUGAUAGUCUGAUUUCAUUUCAAAAGCCAACUGCAAGUAUAGAGGAUGGCUUAACUCAAACCUAAAAUUUUGGAGACUUCUUUCGAACCAUCUCUUGAUGUAUAGGCAUUCUCGGGACACGGUGCUUUUACUAGUCCUUUUUGUUCUCUCUUUCUGAAAGUGGGCUCUUUUUCUGGUUGACAAUGGUUAGAGACCCAUGUCAGAUCUGAGCACUGUUGAAAGUUUUGAAAUGCUAAUGUCCUUUAAACUCUAGUUGUAUUAUCUUUUAUCGGAGAUCCUUUUUGAACCUAAAUCGUACUGUGCAUUGUGAUGUCUUUUCUCUUUUGUACCGAGUUU